GCUGCGGGGAGCGAGGCUUGUCAGAGCCCAAGCGUCACGGUCGCCGCCGCGCAGCCCAUUGGGCAGAGGCGCUCGCUCGCAGCCUGGUGGGAGCCGAGACGGAAAAGUGCCGAAAUCGCCCCGCGCGCGCCCACUGGGUCUGCUGCGCGCCGCGCUGCGCGGUGCAGGGCUCCCUGCUCUCCCGGGACAGCCGCGCGCGCUCAGCUCCGCGCAGCGCCCCGCCACAUUGCCAGCCGCUAGCUCGCGAUCGGCGAGCAGGGUCCCCCGCACCAUGGUCCCUUACUUCUUGCUGCUCUUCCUCUUCUCCUCGGUGCGGGCCACCGAGCGCCCCGAGGGCCGGGCAGACCAGCAGAGCCUGGAGGCGGCCCUGGCCGUGCCCAACGCCUCACACUUCUUCUGGAACAACUACUCGUUCUCGGACUGGCAGAACUUUGUGGGCCGGAGGCGCUACGGGGCCGAGUCCCAGAACCCCACGGUGAAAGCCCUGCUCAUCGUGGCGUACUCCUUCAUCAUCAUCUUCUCGCUCUUCGGCAACGUGCUGGUGUGCCAUGUCAUCUUCAAGAACCAGCGGAUGCAUUCGGCCACCAGCCUCUUCAUCGUCAACCUGGCGGUCGCCGACAUCCUCAUCACGCUGCUCAACACCCCCUUCACUCUGGUCCGCUUCGUGAACAGCACGUGGGUGUUCGGGAAGGGCAUGUGCCACGUCAGCCGCUUCGCCCAGUACUGCUCCCUGCAUGUCUCAGCACUGACGCUCACGGCCAUUGCUGUGGACCGCCACCAGGUUAUUAUGCAUCCAUUAAAACCCCGGAUCUCGAUCACAAAGGGGGUCAUCUCCAUCACCGUCAUCUGGACCAUGGCCACCUUCUUUUCACUCCCGCACGCUAUCUGCCAGAAAUUAUUUACCUUCAAAUACAGCGAGGAUGUGGUGCGCUCCUUAUGCCUGCCCGACUUCCCCGAGCCAGCCGACCUCUUCUGGAAGUACCUGGAUCUGGCCACCUUCAUCCUGCUUUACAUCCUACCCCUCCUCAUCAUCUCCGUGGCCUACGCUCGCGUAGCCAAGAAGCUGUGGCUGUGCAACACCAUUGGUGACGUGACCACAGAGCAGUACCUCGCCCUGCGGCGCAAGAAGAAGACCACUAUCAAGAUGCUGGUGCUGGUAGUGGUCCUCUUUGCCCUCUGCUGGUUCCCCCUCAACUGCUACGUCCUCCUCCUCUCCAGCAAGGUCAUCCGCACCAAUAAUGCCCUCUACUUUGCCUUCCACUGGUUUGCCAUGAGCAGCACCUGCUACAAUCCGUUCAUUUACUGCUGGCUGAAUGAGAAUUUCAGAGUGGAGCUCAAGGCAUUACUGAGCAUGUGCCAAAGGUUGCCCAAGCCUCAGGAGGACAGGCCGCCCUCCCCGGUCCCUUCCUCCCGGGUGGCCUGGAUGGACAAGAGCAAUGGCCGGAGGGCUCCACUGGCCCAUAACCUCUUGCCCUCAUCUCAGCUGCAGUCUGGGAAGACAGACCUGUCAUCUGUGGAACCCAUUGUGGCAAUGAGUUAGAGGAAGUUGGGAAGAGGCUGGGGAGGGCUAGGAAGAGCCUGUUUCCUCACACUAUCUUAACAAUGCUCCAGUCAAGUGCUCGCAGCAGCUGUAGGACUCUUAAGUGCCUAGGAAAUUGCCCAGGCUUCAGUUCCUGCUGGAUGUGAAAAGAAAAAGACAGCUGUCAACCACAUGUGUAUUUAUAAAUUCCUGUCUAACAGGCAUAGUACCCGGGCCCCUGAGCCAGAGAACCAAAGGCAGCAACUUCAGCCCUGGUGGGAGCUGAGUGAACUGCCGUGCAACCCUUCCUAUCACAGAGCAUCCCUAAGGGAAACCGGAGUCAUGCUUUGGGGUGGCUGCCCUGGCUGCACAGCGCCCUGCUGGAAACAGGUGCACCAGGCCAGGGAAGCGCUAGCAUGGAGGCUUUUAUGUCUUGCUUUGUGAAGUCUUUGGACCACAUCGUCACUGGCCUGGCCCUCUCUGUGGCAAGAAAGGACUAGCUUGGGUUCCUUAAAGCAAAGAGAAAGAUUUACCACUUUGAAAAGCUCAGAAAAGAAGCACAAAGGAGGAAAUAAAAGGCACCCCAGUAUUAACUUAUGACAACCUCUGUUCACAUGCUGGGAAUUUACUUGCUGAUCUUUCCUUGUGCAUACGUGUGUGUGUGUGUUUGUGUGAUUCUAACUAUGCUUUUCCAUGUAAACUCUAUGGAUCAGCAAGAAACAUGCACAGCAGAGUCUGAGCUUUCUCCCAAGGGUUAAAGAAGAGAUGAGAGAGGAACCUAAGGGGAAGACUCGCCGCACUGGCAGAAAUGGCCCCCUCUUGAGCAGGUCCUGGCUCACCUUUCUCUCCUAGACGGUAGCUGCUGGGGUGAGCCAGGAAAAGAGACGCAGCAGGAGGUAUAAGUCCUCCUUCCCUGCUAGUCCACAGAAACAAGAGGUGGUGGAACAUUGCUCUGUUUUCACAGCAGGCAAAGGGACAGGCUUUCCAACACACCGGAGAAAAUAGUGCUUAGACAACUCAUCUGCCAAGCUGUCUAGACAGGCCAUUUUUCUGCAUUGUCUGAAUAUUUUCUCUCACCAGUUUUUGAAAGAAGAUUUGCUGUGAAUAUCAUCAAGGCAAUUCACCUGUCACAACAACCUAUGGGACCCUUGAGGCACCUUAUUCCUUUGCAGGGCACACUUGCCCUUAACCCAGCUCCAGACUGGGCAGACAGACCUGUCAUCCGUGGAACCCACUGCAGCUAUGAGGUAGAGGAAGUUGGGAAGAGGCCGGGGAAGGAUCUGUCUCCAGCUCCUAUUCCAGAGAUUGAACGUUUUCAUUACCUCCCAUCUGGUCUUGGUUGACUCAUGUGUCACCCAGAAGGGAGAUGUAUCAGGCAGAGUGGAGCUUCACUCCCCAGCCCCAUGCAAUAGCUGCUGUCAUACUGGUUUUAGGGCUCCUCCCAGCCAGAUCAUGAAAGCAAAGCAUGGAUAUGGAGGUGAAUGGGAAACAGAUUUGGAAGAGAAGGAGUUUGUCUGAGAUUCAUUUAGAUCUCUUGGUUGUUAAUUAAAACUGAACUUGGCUACAUCAUCUGCCUCCCUAUAAUGAACCAUGGGGGUCUGUGUAAUAAGGAUGUUUGAAAAAGUUUAGGAUGCAACAUUUAAAAAGAUCUUUUACUGACAUGUUUAAAAAGUGACUUUUGGUGGGGCAAAAGAUACCUUCUAAGGCCAUUGGGGUCCCCCAGUGGGGUUUUCAGGCCAGAUGGGCCCUGUGCUUGUGCCUGUAGUCAUUGUCUCCGUGGUGUCAAGAAGUAGCUAAUAGUUCCAUUGCUAUACAGCCAUAGAGAUUCUGUGGACACGAUGGGAACAGGCAGAGGGACACCAGGUGUCUUGCUCUGGGAUUCAGGGGGAAAGCUUCCUUUACCCUGCUCCGAGGGUAUCCGGAGACACUGCCAAGGCACAGAACCCUCUUGGUUUGGCUCGCCUAUCAGCACCCUGUCUGCUCCCUUUCCCAUGUUGGCUGUGUGCUGCAGAGUGCAAAGUGCUUUCUAACUGUGAAUGUGAAAUUGGUAAAACUUGAGUUUUUCUAUUGUGCUGUAAAGAGUGCUUUCUUGUGAAUUGUUCCAGUCUCAAUAAAAUAUCUUUCUGGCUG